CGCUCAUGUCCACACCGGAAAUACGAAAUGUUGCCUACCGGAAAUACGCGGGCUAGUGGCGCGAAAUCACAGGACUUACACCGGUGAAGAUGAGCAAACGGAGAUCAGCCGCUCUCACUGAAGCCCAGUGCGUCUCUCUGGCUCAGAAGCUCCUGCGGGAGAAACUGUGUCAUCAGAAGCUGCCGGAUCAGCCUGUGGGUCUGGACUCGCAGUACAAGCACUUGCUGGAGCUGCUGAAGCGAACAGCUGUUCAUGGAGAAAGUAACUCGGUCCUGAUUGUUGGUCCAAGAGGAUCCGGUAAAACUAUGCUGCUGGGUUGUGUCCUCCGUGAGCUCAUGAGUCUGAAGGAAGUGCAGAAGAAUGUUCUUCUGGUGGAGCUGAACGGUCUUCUGCAGACAGACGACAAAAUCGCUCUGAAGGAAAUCACUCGCCAGCUGCACUUGGAGAACGUCGUAGGAGACAAAGUGUUUGGGAGCUUUGCAGAGAAUCUGGCUUUUCUCCUGGAAGCACUCAAGAAAGGUGAUAAGAGCAGCAGUCGUCCUGUGCUGUUCGUGUUGGAUGAGUUUGAUCUGUUUGCUCAUCAUAAGAACCAGACUUUGCUGUAUAACCUGCUGGACGUGUCUCAAUCUGCGCAGGCGCCCAUCGCAGUGGUGGGACUCACCUGCAGACUGGAUGUGUUGGAGCUGCUGGAGAAGCGAGUGAAGUCUCGAUUUUCACACAGGCAGAUUCAUCUGUUCAGCUCGCUGUCGUUCAGUCAGUAUGUGGAUGUGGUUCGCGCUCAGCUCAGUUUGCCUCAGGACUUCCCAGAUCCCAAAUUCUCCGAUGAGUGGAACCACAGCGUCACGAAAUUAUGUGAAGAUAAAUCAGUUGAGGAGAUUUUGAAGAGACACUUUAAUGCCAGUAAAGAUUUCCGCUCUCUGCAUUCGCUGCUGUUUCUGGCUGUUAGCCGAGUGUCAGUCUCUCAUCCGACUCUACGUGAGGCUGAUCUUCUAGAGGCCAGUCGUCUGAUUUCCGCUGAUUCGAAAGCAAACGUCCUUCACGGUCUGUCCAUUCUAGAGUUGUGUUUGAUUAUUGCCAUGAAGCAUCUGAAUGACACUUACGAAGGAGAGCCCUUCAAUUUCCAGAUGGUCCAUAAUGAGUUUAAGAAGUUCAUUCAGAGGAAGUCUCACACCAUCCAUAAGUUUGAGAAGCCCGUGGUGAUGAAGGCUUUUGAGCAUCUUCUGCAGCUGGAGCUGGUGCGUCCGGUGGACUCUGGCGUGUGUAAAGUUCAGCGUGAAUAUCAGCUGAUGCGACUGAUGCUGGAACACGGGCAGGUGAUGGAGGCGCUGCAGAGGUACCCACAAUGCCCCACAGACGUCAAACAAUGGGCCCUCUCAGCCUUCGCCUGAACACUGCUGCCUGUACAUGCUGAAAUAUGCAUUUUGUAUAUUUAUGUGUAUGUAUGUAUAUAGUUUUUAUGUUUGCAUUAAAAAAAAGUUAAUA